AUGCAAAACACUAAUAAACCUGGGGAGCAACCCCAGGCCUUCCCACGCCUGCUGUGUGAUUCCUCCCGGGCCGCCCGCGCGCCCCAGGCCCCGUCCCGAGGGCCGCCAGGGAGGUGGGGACGCCAGCCUGGGACCCAGGAGGGGACAGAGCCUGUGGCUCGAACGGCCGGGGCCCGGGGAGGGCCCCACGUCCGAGCGGCGCCAGGUCACACUCCCGACAGGCCUGGAAAGAAAAAAGAUCCGCCCGACCCGCGGCGGACCGCCGGGACCAGGGCGCAGGCGCGGCCCGGGGCGGAAGCGGAAGCGGAAGCGGAAGCGGCAGGGCGGGGCCAGCCGCAGCAGAACUUCCGCCGGGCUCGGCUCCGCCCCCUCGGGGGCUCCCCGAACGACUGUGGGCUCCACCCCUAUUCUUUGACGGCCCCCACGCGCGAGGGCGCGCCCUCCGCCUCCCGCCCCCCGCCCCGCAGCGCACCCCAUCCCAAGCUCUUGGUGUACCCGACGUCUGCCCGCCUCUGCUCCCGCAGCGAGCCCCACCUCUCCGCCUCCGUCACUCCUUGCGUACCUCACCGCGUGCCCCACCCCAAACCCCCAGAGUCCCCAGAGGUCGGCUGUCGGCUGGGGGCACAUACCCCACCCCACCCCCACCCCCCACUGGGCUGGAGCCAAGGGAGCCCGGGACGUGCAGACAAGCAGGCCGAGGGGCUGGACAUGGACAGCCGGAAGCAUUUGGCUAAUGCCUCGCUGGGGAAGAAGUCGGGGCUGCCGCUGCCCCAAGAGCUCGGGCAGCCCCCUCCCCCUGUGAGUGCGACCACGGCUUGGGGCCAGCCCGGUGCCCAGAGCGGAGCGCAACAGGUACUGCAGACUCAGGACUGGGUGUGCCAGCCGGCCGAGAGCGGGCGCCGGAGCCACCGCUGGAGCGUCAGCAUCGACGAGCGCCGGCGACUGGCCGUGCAGGGCGGCCGGGAGAAGCCGGGGACCGCCGGGCCCCCCUCCCACUCCAGGGACCUCUCGCGGCUCGUGGCCCAGCUGGUGUCCGGGGACGUGGCCAAGGACGUGCUCCUCCCCCACGCCAGGCCCUCCGAGGCCGCCAACGCCUUCCAAGCCUUCCUGGCCCCGAGCGCGCCCUUGUGGCAGACCGUGACUUUGGAGGCGCAGCUCUCGAGGUCCCCGCCCUCCUAAGAGCCCAGUGUCUCAGCCCAGUGUCUGUCUUUCAGCGCCUUUCCUGGGGGGCGCGGCGAGGGGGGUGGCGGCGGCUGAGCUCUCUUCACACCCCACCAGGGGCUCAUGAGUCUUCGGAUGGGAGAACAGGUCCUCCUGGACCCUCUGGCUGCCCGAGGCCUUGGAGGCCAUCUGUGGGAGGGAUGCCUUGCCCCGGCCCAGCCUCCAGGAGGCCACGGGGAGGGGCCUGGGGGAUAGGGCAGAGCGGGGCCUUCCAGGAUAGCCCCCCACACCUUCCUGGGGUCAAGCAGCUGCGAGUGGCUCCAGGGCAGGGGGCGUUGGGACGCGGAGUGGGGCAUGUUGCCCUCACAGGCCCCACGUACAGAGCCUGGUCAUGACCAAGUCCUCUGCCCAGCCCUGUCCUCCAGGAGGGUGGCAUUUAAUGUCAUGAACUGCUGGGUACUGACGCCACCCAGUUUGGGGACACCAGGUCUUAUGUUGGGCCCUGUUCCCCCGGAAGGCCCAAAGGGGCACACAUAACCCUGGGGGAGCAGAACACGGACCGGGUGCCGAACACAGAGGGAGGCUUCCUGGAGGAGGUGGUGCCUCCCCACCUCCAUACAGUGCUUGGUGGGCAGAGGGCCCGGGGUGACCAUGAAGCGCUGGCCCUGGACCCACUGUGGUCCACGGGGUCCGCUUCGGGGGGGGGGGGGGGGGGGGGGGGGGGGGGGAGUCCUGAGCCGGGGGUGACGAGGCAGAACCACAUUCGGAGAGAUCAAGCUGGAGAGGGCAGGAAGGGGGGAAGUGACCGCAGGCUCCCAGCCCUCGGGGGCACCGGACAGACAACAGUGGGUGGCGGGCACCAUUCCCUGGAUUUGGUGAUGGACUCCCGGGCUGACCGGGCUUCUGUGUGGGGGCAGCUGGGGGGAGGGGACUGUGGACAAGAUGAGGUGAAGAACCCCACGCCUGGGCUCUGCACACACCGGCCUCCCUUCCGGAGCGUCCUGCCCCGAUGCUGCUGCCCCACAGGACCCCGGGGUGAGGUCUAGGCAGGGCCUGGGGGACAUCGUGAUCCCCUCCCCCUCCUCCCUAGGGACCUCCGAUGACGUGGUGGGGGGUGGGUGUCAGGCGCCAGGCUCCAUGCUGGGCAGGAAGACCCCCACCCCCACCAGUGCUCACGGUCCAGAGUGGGAGCUGAAGUGUCAACGGCUAGGACAGAGCGACACGUACUUCGAUGUUCUUUGCCGCUCAGUGACUUUAAAGGACUCCCAUGUUGUCACUAGAGAGCCAGCGGUUCACUGGGCUGAGCUACCGGCUCUGGUCUUGCCUGGGGAGCCUCUCAAGGCUGGUCAGCGGGUGGUGGGUCCAGGAUGCUGGAAGAGCCAGCCCUUUGCCUUCCAGGUGGUGUCAGGGCCUCUCCCCUGCAUGAGGUCUCCCCAGCUGGGAGCCAGGCACCCCACACUCCCCACUAGAGCGGCAGAGCAGAGAGGUUGGGCGGCGGGGCAGGUGGGGACCUUCCCCAGGAGAGCGGGGCCCAGGACAGGGGUCACUCACCACCUGCAGACGGUUUUGCUGUCACUGGGACCGUUGGUUCCUACGGCCGCCCUGACAGACGGCCACAGACUUCACGUCCUCAAGCAGACGUAGGGACUGUGAGGUCUGCAGAGGCCAAAGCAGAUCUCAGCCUGGGUGCGGGCAGGGCUGCCUUUUCUUCCGGAGGUCUUGGAGAGAAUCUGUCUGGCCUUUUGCAGCUUCUAGAAGCUGCCUGCAACCCUUGGCCUGUGGCUGGCCCUUUCCUCCACCUUCAAAGCCAGCAGCAUGGCGUCCCUCUGUCCCUGCCACACGUCUUCUCGGGGGCUUCUACGUCUUCCAACUUCAGGCCCCGUGCUGAUGUCGGGCCCCUGGUCCUGCGGCUACUCUGAAGUCCUGGCUUGGCAGUGCCCCCGCCCCCCCCCCCUCCACCGCCCCGCUCCGGGGGACCUGGCGUACGCAGGGUCAAGGCGAGGACGCGGAUAGGCACGCGUGCUGGUUCAGGGUGAGGAUGCGGACAUCUUUUGGGGGGCGCUCUGCUUUCCACAGGCGGCCCUGGCAUCGAGUGGGCAGAACUGGAGUGCUGUUUCAAUCCCGCAGAGCACAGAACCCCCCCUGCAGCCAAGAAUGACGGGGCCCCAGGUGUCCACAGUGCCCCGGCCGAGCGUCCCUGGGAGGCAGGGGGGUCCAUCCAGCAGACGGUGCACGGCAGUAGGAUGAGCGGGGAGGGAGAGUCCUGGGGCGGCAUCCGUCUGGUGAGGGCAUCCCCCGGGCCCCCCUGAGGGACACCGCAGUGCUCCCCACCGUAUGUCCACUCUUAGCGGCUCCUUCCCUUCCUUUCAGCCAGGCGGGUGUCUCUUCCAGCUCCAGUAGCGACAAUGCGUCCCUCCCAGGACUCACGGGGAACCCCCCAGGUGGUGGGCCAUCAGGGAACACCUCUGAGGCCAGCAUCGCCCCCGCUGAGAAAAAGGACUUCGUUGGCUUUGCAAGAGCACGUGUGUUCACUGUCGAACAACCUGAGGAUAAAGUUUUAAAAUCUCACCCACAAUUUCAUCAAGAUAAGGCUACUGACGUCAGGUUUACAGAGGUUUUCCUGAGGCCCUUAGACCCACACCAGAGCUGGCCGGGGACCCUUCCUUCCUGUCUUGGGUGACACCGUCUUUCCCUCAGGGCUGAGUCUUCCCGCUCUGAGUGUCACUGCAGAAGCGAGGGUCAACCUGGCUUUCUGUCCGUGUCUGCCGUGUCUGCGAUCUGUGCUUCCCGAUAAACAGCUCUACUGACCCCUGACGGCCGGGUUCAGGCACGGUGGGCCUCAGUGCAGAUCCUGCUGAGCACGGCCUGCAGGCCCCUUGUCACUCCGGGACACCGAUCUCUGCGCCCCCUCCGAGCCCUCUGCCACUGGAGCCUCUGCAUCUUCUCAGCCCCCGCCGGGUGCCACCGCCAGGGGUCCCCCGAAGAAAGGUCACUCCGAGCCCUCCAGUGGCGAAGCCCGCGCCCCGUGGGCCCUGAGGCGUGCCGCACCCGCGCAGGGCUGAGGGUCCCUCCUUCCCAACGUCCUGACCUCUCUCAACAAUUGUCCCCUCACCCUCUCAGGACACGUGACCUCAUCGUGUAUGAUCAUCCCUGCCUUCCUCCCCACUGGGCUGUGUGCUCCCCGAGGGCAGAGAUCGCGUCUCCUUACCCCCUGCCCCUCCCCCCCCCCACCCCCCCCCGCCCAUCUAAACUGUGGCACCAAGCAGACGUUCCACAAGUAACGGUCGAACAAAUAAAUUCUUGUUUCCGUUGCUUUGUCUUGCCCGCAGAUGGUCUCCAGCCUUCGCCCCAUCGGUAAUCUGACGUCGCGCCCCGUGCUGCUUCAGACUUAUUCCAGAAUGCUGUGAUUGUGAGGAAGCGAGUUUCCUCGGCUGUUAAUCUUGCUUCCAGUCUGCUGUUUUGUCAUCCAUUACUUGGGCUUCUGAUUAGCGAUCGCACGUUCCUCUCAUGUUCGUUCGUGACUGGUGGCACUCCUGGGGAGUCCUCUUCUGCUUCAGGAGCGUUCUCUACGGGGUUUGCGCUGGCCCCUCGCCUCCUCCCUCCCUCUUCCAGUUUCUCUGUUGUUGGAUGUGUGGACUUAGCCGCACAGAACAUCCCUGUGAAUGUCUGUUUGCACUGCUAACUAAUGGACGAAUUCAUAGAAUUUCUGCAAUU